GUUAUGCGUAAAUUAUAGCUACCAGUUACAUUGGCGCGAUGUGAAAUGAAAGUUGAUUGUAUCAAAGGCCAACAUAAAGAGGUCGUUCACGAGUGUAAAUAAGACAUUAGUGCCUAUAAGGUGUGUCGAAGAAAAUGAUAGCGGAGUGAAACUGCAAAUAGAGUGUCCUGCUGCUUUCAUGAUGUUGGACAGUGACAGUAGUGAGGAUAACACCCCAGUUAAAAAAACUAACCCAAUCAGGCGUCGACGAGGACUUGCCAGCAGACUUAAAUUACAAGGUUCAGAAAUUUCCAAUGACUUGACAGCUGAAGAAGCGGCAAUAUAUUCCACUCAAGUGAAUAAAUGCUUCAGCUCCAAAUCUGGCUCCAUUCCUGUCAAUGUCGACUUAAUCACAAGCCAAGUGUCAAAUUGCCCAGAUGUAGAAGAAGAAACAGGUUCGUUUUUGUCUUGCAAACAAAGAAAGAUAUUGCCAAAACAGACAAGAAAUUUGGAUGAUGAUAUCCUCAUAUUGGAUGAUGAGGAUCUCAUUCCAUGCACUCCCCCUGACAUAACUGCUCCUGUUCAGUUGAAAUCACCCUCACCACCACCAGGGCCCCCAUCACCCCCUAGGGCCACAUCUCAUAUAGAACAAGUGAGAAGGAGGCCAAGGAUGACUAAAGCUGUGAAGAAAGCACUGAGUAAUCUCUCUCACACAAAGAACCAGCUCCAUGUCAACAGUUUCAAGGAUAAUGAGUUAAACACCAGUGAUGUGAUCGUAUGUACGGAUGUAGAUCUCGAGAAUGAUAGACUUACACUCAAGGUCAGACAUGGGACGGACACGUACAGGCUCCCAGUCAUGGAGAAUGAUUUUUUUAAAACAAUACUUAUGGAUUUAUCACAAAGACUGGAUGUAGCUGAGAGCCAGAUUUUGUUAAUCCACAAUGAUGUCACCAUCUCUAGUGAAGACACACCUAGAAGUCUGGGUUUAACAACCGCUGAUAUUAUAGACUGCCACAUUAAUAGAAAGGAAUGGACGGCACCAGCAGCAAGCUUCAAUGACAGUCUUGAUGAUACAAAUAGCAUCACACUUUAUAUUCAGAGCAGAAAUGAUCGUCACAAAAUGGAGUUCAAAAUGGACAAGACGACACCAUUAGAUUGGCUUAUCAGACAAUAUGCAACAAAAAUGGACAAGGAUCCUUCCAAACUGAGAUUUAUGUUUGAUGGAGAAAAUCUGGAUUUAAGGGACUCGCCGGACACUUUGGAAAUUGAGGAUGGUUACACAUUAGAUCUUAUCAUUAAGUGAGGUUUUAUUACCGGUAAUUGAUGACUCUCGGGUUCGGUUCUAUCUAUAGACAAGCACCAAGAUUGCCACUUUUGUUUAUGAACUGCUCAUACUGUGUUCCUGACUACCUCAGUUUAACAGGCAGCUGAUCGAUUGGCCUAGGACUUUCUGUGUACAGCUUCGGGACUGUGGGUAGUGUUGGAGUUAUGUGCCAGAUCUGUAAAUGGAAAAGUUUCAAUUCUGUAUUGGAAAGUCGUCAUUGAUUCUUUGUCAAAAGACUUCAACAAUGAAAGUUUGACAAGCAAACCUAAAGAAGUCCAUAAGUUGAAAUGAUUUGGAAAAAAAUAUGCCAAACAAGUUUAGAUACAUGUAUGUAAUUUAUGACAUUGUUGGGAUAUACAAAAAAAAUGUAUCAAAACAUAAUUAUACAUUACCUUACCUAUCACUAUAUAUUAUUUGUAUUAAUGUGUUCAACAGUACAGAUCAGUUCAGAAUGGCAGAAACCCUAACAUAUUUUUCAUGCAGUUGUCAAAAAAUACUUGUAUUACUUGUUAAAGAGAAGAUUCCUGAACUAAGGUUUUCUGCCAAACGACCAUAUACCAUGGUUUACCAAGACACAUUUAUUUAACAGGUUCAAAACUUAGCCAGUCGCAUACAGUACUAGUUCUGAUGUGAAAACUCUUUGACAUGUAGUAGUAGUUGUGUACACAUGCACUUAUCUAUUAGAUAUCUAUGUUUCGUAUGUUAAAUUCAUGUUUAAAUAAUGAUUUCAUUAUGAAAUCAACACCAAUAACUCAAUUGUAAUCCUAAGUAUUUAAAGAUGUUUCAGUGAGGUUACUUUUUAUUUCAGAAUUAGCAAAUGGCCAUGCAAAAGGUUGUUGUGAUGCUUUUGUUGAAUGUUAUUUCAUAUACACAUACUAUGUUCAUGAAAUAAAUUUGUUCUGGUAGAAAUAAAAGUAGAUAUGAUGCAAUGUUUACAACUUAA